AUGUCUAGUAAACGGGCAGCAAUCGAUGUAGAAGAAUCGGACAGUGUGGCCAAACGUUCGCAUGCCUUAGACCAUUUAGGUGUUCUCGUUACAAAAAUAGGAGCAACUAGGAAGUAUGAUGAAACUAAGGACCAUUCCAGUGAAAAGUAUGAUGGUAGUCAGGUUGACGGGGAAAAGGAUAAUGGCUUUGAUGCCGAAGGAUUGGCUCGGGACAAGAGACUAGAAAGUGCAACUGGGAAAAGGCAUGAGAAUGCCAAAGGGGACAAUAGCCAUCAUAUACCGGAUACUUUGCUCAAGAAACUCACCAUGGGAACCUGGCUGGGGAAAAGCAUGUUGAUAGACUGCAGCUCGUCUAAAGUAUGACUUGCGAGAAAAAUUUGAAAUACAAUAUAUG